GGGUAAUGAUCAGUAAUCAGAAAGGACUGCUGUAUCAUGUCGGACUGUGCGCACUCUUUUAUUUCCUAGUCUAAAAUAUGGGUCCUGCGCGGGUUUGCGGAAUCUCUGCCACUGGUUUGUUAACUUUCAUACUGCUUCAGUGUGUAUCAUCAGCAGUGGGGUCGGAUGACAGCCCAUGGUACAAGGAUCUGUGCAGUUACAAAUGGGAGGCCAUUGACCAAGACAGCAAUGUGACAUACACUUUGAAGCUCUGUGAUUCUUCUCCGGAAACAGAAUGUGGAAAAGGAAGCGCGGUCUGUGCCCACAAGCUGAAGAGUGACCAGUUCCAGUCAGUGGUCCUAUCUUUGUGUUUCACAGGCACACCUGAGUUUGUUACUGUCUCUGAGUGUGUGCAUUACUUUGAAUGGCGGACGUAUGCCGCCUGCAGACGUGAGAAAUUUAGACCACAUAAGGAGGUCCCCUGCUAUGUCUUUGACUCGGAUGGAAAGAAGCAUGACCUCAACCCAUUGAUAAAACUCUCAGAUGGCUACCUGGUUGACGACCCAGAUGAUGAAAUUGAUUUCUACAUUAAUAUAUGCAGAAGUCUAAACCGUGCUGGAAGCCUGUGUCCCGAGGGAUCUGCAGCCUGUCUCACCUCUGGCGACGGCUCCUUCGAUAUGGGUCAGCCUGUUCAUCAGCUUGAGCUGCUCUCAAAUGACAAACUAAGGCUGCGGUACGAGGGAGUCAAAGAAAGCCCAGCCUUCUGUAAUGGCCACAGUCCAGCAGUGACGAUUACAUUCAUUUGUCCAUCCGCAAGGCAGGCGGGAAGUAACCCUAAGAUGAUCAGCAACUUGAACUGUCGGUAUGAGUUUGAGUGGGUGACUGAGUACGCCUGCCACAGAGAUUACCUGGAGAGUCAAAGCUGCACGCUGACCAGCAAACAGCACGACAUCUCCAUUGACCUUACUCCCCUGACACACAACCCUUCAGGCACACCCUAUAUGGCUGAGGCCAAAAAUGGCAAUGACACCUAUAUCUUCUAUCUGAACGUGUGUGAGAAGACCAAUGCUGGACUGUGUAGUGAUGUCAAAGGUUACGUGUCUGCCUGCCAAGUCAAGGACACGGGUGAUGUGAAGAAGAUUGCUGGGAGAUUCCAGAACCAAACUCUGAGGUAUUCAGAUGGUGAUCUCACGCUAAUCUACCCAGACGGCAGCAGAUGCAGCACUGGAUUCCAGCGCAUGACCAUCAUUAACUUUGAGUGCAAUGCAACGGCUGAGUAUGGCAAGCCGAACUUUACGGGAGAGUCUGACUGCACGUAUUACUUUGACUGGCAGACUGCGUACGCAUGUGUGAAGGAGAAGGAAGAUCUGCUGUGUCAAGUCACAGACCACAAGAAGAAGCGUUAUGAUCUGUCGCCUCUUACGCGCUACCCAGAAUCCGAGGGAUCUCAAAACUGGGAGGCUGUGGGCGCCAAGGCAGCAGAGUCUGAUAAGAAACGUUUUUACAUCAAUGUUUGUCAUAAAAUCAUCCAAGAGGGGGAGGCCAGAUCUUGCCCCGAGGAUGCAGCAAUAUGUGCAGUAGGCACUGGGAAAACUAUGAACUUGGGCAAAUUCCUGAUUUCUCCGCAAAAGGCAGCAGAGGGGGAUGACAUCAGACUCAUUUACACUAAUGGAGACAAAUGCGGGGAGAACAUGAGAGUGAAAACCAUCAUCACUCUGAAGUGUAAGCCUGGGGAUGUUGAGAGCGCUCCAGUCCUGAGGAGCAUGUCCAGUGAUGGCUGCAUCUAUGAGUUUGAGUGGUUCACCGCUUCAGCCUGCGUCCUGUCUAAAACAGAAGGCGACGAAUGCAAGGUGGACAACCCACAAGCAGGAAUUUCGUUUGACUUGUCCCCGCUUCAGAAACCUAGUGGAGGUUAUUAUAACAUGUCCGUUGACAAGUAUGACUACUUCGUCAAUGUGUGUGGCAAUGUGAAGGUCGCACAGUGUCCAGAAACAGCAGGGGCCUGUCAAGUUGACCAGAGUGGCACAAGCUCUUGGAAUCUCGGCGAGUUUAACUCCAGGCUUUCCUACUAUGAUGGCAUGAUACAGUUGACCUACAGAAACGGCUCUCAGUACAACGACAAGCAGCACACGCAGCGUUCCACACACAUCUCCUUCCUCUGUGACAGAGAGGCUGGUCCAGGAAAACCUGAGUUUCAGAAAGAAGAUGAGUACACUUAUAACUUCAAAUGGUACACUUCCUACGCCUGUCCUGAGAGACCACAUGAGUGUGUUGUAACAGACCCCAAAACACUGCAGCAGUACGACCUGUCCAGUUUGGCAGUAUCUAAUGGCGGUAGGAACUGGCAGGCCAUGCAAACCUCUGACCCCAGCGGCCCGAGGAAAUACUACAUCAAUAUAUGCCAGCCACUUAAAGCCGUGCCUGGCUGUGACAGGAAAGCUUCUGUCUGUGAGGUGAAAUUUGAGGCUGACAAGGAAGGCCUGUCUGAGAAGGUAGAGAUCAGCAACUUGGGUAUUGCUAAGAAGGGGCCGGUGAUCGAAGAAGAGAACCAACUAAUGUUGGUGUACACUAAUGGCUCAGUGUGUGAAGCAGAUGGAGUUAUGACCACUUACACAACUCGUAUCCACUUCGUCUGCUCAUCUGGGACAGCACCAUCUGGUCCUCGCUUUUUGAUGAACCAGAACUGCACCGUUGACUUUGUUUGGGACACAGAAGCAGCCUGCGCCAUCUCAACCGUUGAGGACACCAAUCAGACCUGCUCAGUGAAAGAUCCCAACACUGGCUUUGAGUUCAACCUGAAACCACUGGCUUCAGAAAACGGAUACCACGUCAAUGCUCAUGGGAAAGACUUUGUCGUAAGAAGCACUUUAAAAUCUUUCAAAUGCUCUUGAGUAGGGGAUGGAUCGAUACAGAAGUUGAUUUCAACUGUCCAAUCGGAAUCAAGUAUUCUAGAGUCUUGCAUAAAGUUGACAUUGUUCCGCCCUGGACUGAAUCCAUUUUUUACCCUGUUUCCCAUCUGUACUGUAGGUACCGAAGACACCUUCAUCAUAAAUUUUGUGUGUGAUCAGAAGGCCAACCCACCUUCUCUGAGGCUUAUACAGGAAGAGCUGGGCACAACUACACACGUAACCCACGAUGUGUUCUUCGAGCUUUCCACUGCGCUAGCCUGUGAACCUGCUCCUGUGGAUUGCCAAGUCAUGGAUAUACAAGGUAGAGAGUAUGACUUGAGUGACCUCAGUCUGGAUGACGAGUAUUACGUUCCUCUGGACACCUCAGAUCAGGCCCGCUUUCAAAAGUUUUACAUCAGUGUGUGUAAACCGCUGCCUCGUGUCCAGGGCUGCCCUGCUGGAGCAAUUGGGGCAUGUGGCCAGCUGAAAGGCAGAGGUGUAAAUCUGGGAUACGUGCAGUCCAGCCUGCAGGCAGCAGCAGAUGGCUCCAUCAGUAUUGUUUAUCUGAAUGGGGACAAGUGCGGUUUAGGACGUUACUCCACACGAAUCAUCUUCCAGUGUGAUGACAGUCCUGUAAGCUUAGCCAAUCAAAACAUCACAUUUGAUGAUGGGAUUAUAAUGAUCAACUACACGAAUGGGGAAAAGUGCCACAAGAUUUACGAGCGAUCCACGGCUAUUCUCUUCUCCUGCGACCACAGCAAGAAUCCUGGUAAGCCGGUGUUCAUAAAGGAGUCUGCAGACUGCACAUAUCUGUUUGAAUGGCACACAGCUUUGGCCUGUCCUUCCUUCAAAACCACAACCUGCUCCUACAAUGAUGGCAGUGGCCACUCCUACGAUCUAUCCUCGCUGGCACUGCACAAAUCCAAUUGGAUUGUUGUGCCAGAAGCGACCAAUCAGAAGCAGCGUUACUAUAUCAAUGUGUGCAAGUCUCUGGUGCCUCAGACCGGUUUGUGGAGCUGCCCGUCUAGCGCUGCGGCCUGUCUGAAGGAUGGAGAUAAGUAUGUGAAUCUGGGGGAAGCAGAGGCGGGUCCACAGUGGGAUAAUAACAUCCUGAUUCUGAAGUACACCAACGGACAAGCCUGUCCUGAUGGCAAGAGAAACCGGACCACCAUUAUUCAUUUCAGAUGCGAACCAGACAAAGUGGACUCUGAACCUACUCUGAUCACGACUCUGGACAACUGUGUCUAUAGCUUUGUGUGGUUCACUGCUGCAGCCUGUCCUCUCAACAGCACAGAACACGGAGACUGUAAAGUCACAAAUCCAGCCACAGGUCAUCUCUUUGACCUUAAUGCCCUCAGUCGGACAGGUGGCUAUACAGUCUAUGAUCCCUCAGCCCAUAGGAAGAUGUUCAGACUGAAUGUAUGUGGAGAUGUAGCCAAUGCUGGUUGUGCCCCUGGAACAGCCGUGUGCAUCAAAGACACUCAGAUGGCCAUAAGUGGUGGGAAAACCACACGGCAGCUGGUGUAUAAGGAUCAGGUGGUGGAGCUCACCUAUGAGGAUGGAGACACGUGUGCCGCCAACCCUUCCCUCAAACACAAGAGCAUCUUCAGCUUCGUCUGCAAGUCUGAGGGAGGAGGUACAGAUGAACCCGUGCUGGUGUACUCGGAUGACAACACUUGUACUCACUUUUUCUCCUGGCACACUCCUCUGGUUUGCGAACAACAGGUGAAGUGCUCUGUUUGGAACGGUACCAACCAGAUUGACCUCAGUCCUCUGAUCCAUCUCACUGGUUACUACACAGCGAUCAACGAGGAUUUAGGCAGGGGCAAGUCUCCUGAUUUCUACAUCAACAUCUGCCAGCCCCUCAACCCCAUCCCAGGGGUCAACUGUCCUCCAGGGGCCGCUGUGUGCAUGGAUCCUGUUGAUGGAGAUCCAGUUGACAUCGGACGAAUCACCUCCCCUCCUCGGUAUAAUAUCAACACCAAUGAGGUGGAGAUCACCUUCAGCAGCACAACCGUCUGCCCUUCUGACCCCACCUCCAACUACUCCUCCAAGAUCGUUUUCACCUGCCAGAAAGGGGCAGAGCUGGGUUCUCCUCAGAUGAUCCGGGCUCAGGACUGUAUGUAUGUGUUUGAGUGGGCCACUCCUGUGGUUUGCCCGGAGACCAUCACAGCGCACGGCUGCAGUCUGACCGUCUCCCAGCUGCGCUAUACAUUUGACCUCUCAGCUCUGUCAGGGACCGUUCAGGUUCCUGGAAGCUCUGGCUCUUUUAAUAUCAAUGUGUGUGGGACUGUGGCGGGCACAGCAUGUAAAGACAGCGCGGUAUGUCUGAUCUCAACGGCUUCUGCGGCUUCAUACGGGAACAGCAAAAUCAUGAACAUAGACUACAAGAGAGAAGAGCAGGCUGUGAUCAUGCAGUACAGUGGAGGAGACACCUGUCCUCAAGUUACAGUUAAAAAUGAAGUGUGCACUUUCCCCUUUAAGUUCCUGGACAAGUCUUAUACUGAGUGCACAACUGAGGGCAGGACUGACGGCAGGACGUGGUGUGCCACUACAAGCGACUAUAACAAAGAUCACAAAUGGGGCUUUUGCUCUGGCGCACUAAGAGAGAAACGGCAGUCGUCUAUUUUGUUCUCGUGUGACAGAGCGGCGGGUCGUGGAAGUCCUCAGCUGAUGAGCGAAACCCAAGGAUGUUCUGCUACCUUCCAGUGGCGAACGAAUGUGGUGUGCCCACCCAAAAAGAUGGAGUGCAAGCUUGCAGGGCAACACCAGACCUACGACCUGCGCACGCUCUCAUCUCUAACAGAACCAUGGAAAUUUAGCAACGGGGACGAUUCGUACUACUUCAAUCUCUGCCAGGCCAUUCAUGGAGGCCAGCCAGGGUGUGCAGCAGAUGCCGCCGUGUGUCGCAGACGUGCCAGCGGGAAGACAGAGACUCUGGGCCGUGUUCACACGCAGACCAUGGAGUUAAUCGAUGGAAAGAUCCUCGUCAAUUAUUCCAUGGGUAACAAGGUGUGUGGAAACAAUAAACCAGCAAAAACAAUCUUGCAGCUGAAGUGUGGCAGCACAGUGGGCCAUCCGAAAUUAUUCAAGGAGGAUAAAACAGCAUGCGAGUACUGGGUGGAGUGGGAGACUCGAUCUGCAUGUGCUGUGAAGCAGGAGGAAGUGGAGAUGAUUAAUGGAACCAUCAAAGUACCCGAGACAGGAGCCAUUUUCAACCUGGGAGUGCUUUAUUAUCAUUUCCACAAUGCCACAGGAGACAUCCGUUCCAAUGGAGAUCGCUAUAUCUACCACAUCCAGCUGUCAGGCAUCACCGACAGCUCCAUUUCCAAUUGUCUGGGUGCCAAUAUCUGUCAGGUCAAGAUUAAUGACAGUUACCGCAGAAAAAUUGGCUCCUCCAGCAAAGCAAAGUAUUAUAUAAAAGGUGGAAGUCUUGAGGUCUCGGUACCAUCUGAAUCUGUAUGUGGACGAGACAAAACCAAAACUGUGUCCUCGACCAUCCUGUUCCACUGCAGCCCUACGGCAGGAGAAGGUAUCCCAGAAUUCCUUCUGGAGACAGAUGGCUGCCAGUAUCUGUUUGUUUGGCACACCGCCACCGUUUGUGAAUUUUUUUCGUCCAGCUCCAUGGACCCGCACAGCACUGAUGGAGGGGAGGAGCAUGCUGGAUUGUCUGGGCGAAGUCAGGCUUUAGGGGCGGUGCUUAGCCUGCUGUUGGUUGUGCUCACAAUCUGUUUGCUUGUUCUUCUGCUGCACAAACGAGACCGGAGGCAACUUGUAAUACAGAAAGUGUCAAGCUGCUGCAGGAAAAGAAAUCCAGUAUCCUACAAAUACUCCAAGGUGAACGUAGAUGAGGACGGAUGUGAAGAUGAGAUGGAAUGGUUAAUGGAAGAGACCGGGACGCCCACGCGGGAGCCACAAGGGAACGGUCACAUCACCACCAAGCCUGUCAGCGCAGACGCCCUGCACUCCUUCUCCCUGGACGAGCAGGACAGUGAGGACGAGGUGCUCACAGUCCCAGGGGUCCGAAUCGCCCCUUCAUCGUCCACUUCCUCAAGGCUGCAGUCAGCUUUGCUGAAAUCAGAGAGCGAUGAGGAUCUGGUGGGGCUCCUGGUGGACACACGGAGCAGAAAUAAGACCCGAUACAGCGGCAGAAACCAGAGCAAACCUCAGCCAGACCCCGAUGACAGCGACGAGGAUCUACUUAAAGUCUGAGGGCGCCGGGGGGCCCGAACUGAACUUUUGAAUGUCUCUGCCACCACGCUCCAAUUGUUUAGUUGCUCCAUUUUGGGUUUUCUAAAGGGAAACGUCUCUGUGAGCUGUUUACAAGACAGCUUUCAAGAGCAAGUUGGUCGAUUCGUCCACUAAAUAGAUUCAAUGCCUUUCUGACAAAAGAAGAAGUUUUUGUCAUUUGAUCGUUUAUUUGUUUGUGUGUUCUGUUUUCCAUUGAUUAAGAUGAGUUGUGUACAACAUCGUAUGUGAAUUCGGUCUCCCACAAAC